AUUGGUAUAAGUGAAUAUAUAUUAUCAUAGUGCCACCGAAUAAAUUGUCUUCGUUUCUUAAAUAACUUUUCUCUCAAUCUGUAUCAUUUAAAAAGAUAUGGCAGUAUCAGUACAACAUUUAUCCAAGCUCUGUGUGCGUACGCACGCACAGUUGCAGCUGCAGUCGCGCCGAGAAAGAAAGUUAACGCAGCGCGACGCAGCUCAAUCGCAUACGCGUUAAUAGAUAUUUAACACCGCGAAUUCGGUGACAGGUCGAACUUUAGAAGCAGUCGUGAAGCAGAUCUGCAGGCGUGUUCGUUUCCUGGACUCGCCCAGGCGGUUUUUUUUUUGCGAAUGUAAAGCAAGCCGCGUACGUAUAAUGUAAGCGAUGAGGUGCAGGGAAAGUGCCAAGCUAUUAUACCGCGGGGUAUAUAAGGCUCAGCCUAGAAAACGAAGCGGUUCAGUUAGUGGUCAUACGCCACGCUAAAACAUACGCGAACUCGAGAAUGAAUAUUAAGAUCGCCAUCCUUUUGGUGGCACUGGCCACCCAAGUUCUAUGCGCGAAAGAAUCGAGCGAGGUGGACGACACGACGAGCUCGCGGAACGUCGAGGGGGACCUGACGGAGAAGAAGACGGAGAAGCGCGGGCUGCAUCAUAGUUUCGGUGACCUAGGGGGCGGCGACCUCCACGGUGGUGGCGGCGGCGGCGGCGGCGGCGGCGGUGGCGGUUCGUACGACCAGCACGAGCACGUGAAGACUGUGACAGUCGUGAAGAAAGUGCCGGUACCAUACGAAGUAACGAAGCACGUGCCCUACCUGGUGGAGAAGCACGUGCCCUACGAGGUGAAGGUCGGCGUGCCGCAGCCCUACACCGUUGAAAAGCACGUGCCCUACCCGGUGAAGGUGUUCGUCAAAGUGCCGGUGCACGUGCCGCAGCCGUACACCGUCGAGAAGAAGGUGCCGUACGAGGUGAAGGUGCCGGUUGACAAGCCCUACGAGGUCAAGGUAUUCGUGCCGCAGCCCUACACCGUGGAGAAGCACAUACCGGUGCCGGUGAAGGUGCCGGUGCCGCAGCCUUACACGGUCGAGAAACACGUGCCCUUCCCGGUGAAGGUGAAGGUGCCAGUGCCGCAGCCCUACGCGGUCGAGAAGCCGGUGCCGUACGAGGUGAAGGUGCCGGUCGAUAAACCGUACCCGGUGCCGGUGCCAAAACCGUAUCCAGUCACCGUGGAGAAGCCGUACCCGGUGCCAGUGGAGAAGCCGAUCCCGUACGAGGUGAAGGUGCCGGUCGACAAGCCCUACCCGGUGCCGGUGGAAAAGCCCUACGCGGUGCCGAUCAAAGUCCCGGUACCGCAACCGUACCACGUGCACAAGCCGGUGCCGGUGCCGGUGCACAAGCCGGUGCCGGUGCCGAUCAAGGUGCCGGUCGACAAGCCCUACAUCGUCGAGAAGGAAGUACCGGUGCCGGUUGAGAAGGAAGUGCCGGUGCCGGUGAAGGUGCCGGUCGCUGUGCCGGUGCACAUCAAGCACGACGAUUACGGCGGUGACCUGGGUGGCGGUUACGGAGGUGGCGGUUACGGAGGUGGCGAUUACGGCGGUGGCGGUUACGGCGGUGGCGGUUACGGCGGUGGCGACGGUUUGGACGGACACGGCGGCGGCGGCGGCGGCGGCGGCGGCGGCGGCGGUGGUUAUGAUUUCUCGCACUCGAUACACGGUUGAGAUGAGAUAUCCUUGCUCGCGAAACGCGCGGAUCUACAUCGGACGUCCAUCGUCGACGUAAUUCGCGCGCGCUUAAAUCAGGUCGCUUCAUCGAGUCUCAAUCAAGGUCGCGGAAGCUGUACGACGAAAUUUCAACAGCUUUCAGAGCGGGACUCCUCGCCGCGAGAUGAGAGAGGCAAUACGUGGCUGACGUAUUAGCUAUCACGAUCGACGCGUAUAAUUUUCUAUUAUAUUUUUGGAAAUCCGGGUAGACGUACACGUAACAACGUAGUGAACAUUUCGACGUCGAAAUGUUCUCAGGCUGUAUAUCACGGGAGGAGGAGCUUGCACAGGCGAAAUCGUGAGGGACGAUCUAUCGCGCGCAUCAAUAAAGUAGCACGUUCAGAAUCUAUACGAGAAUGUACACACCGUUUCCAUAAUCCAAAGAAAGAAAAUAAAAAAAAAGAACAGGAAAGGAGAAAACGCACACGAGUACGUGUAACUCCCCGCGGAGCGUUAUCGGCUCAACGUUCGCGCGAACCCGUUGCGUUCGAGCAUAUAGUAUUGCUGUGAGAAGUAUGUUCACCAUACUGAAAAACAUUGUACCUAAGUAAGUUAAGUAAAAAAUAUCCCGUUGCGGAAAGAAUAUGUAUGUUUCGUUUAUAUAUAUAUAUAUAUAUAUACAUAUCAAAAACUUAAUAAAUGCUCAUGUGUAUUAUUAUAUCUUUUUUCCGAUUAUUCCUUGUCCCAAGACAUGAGAGGAGAUCAAUGAGACAACGCGACGUUCUUCAGAAUGACAUCUUUCACGAUCAGAUCUCGAACACACGCAAAAUAACGCGGUG